UUAUUCAGCUUCCUGUUUGAAGAGUUCCCCGGAAAUGGAAAAUGUGUUUGGAUUCUUGUUUCGUCGUAAAAUGUAAAGUUUUACAAAUAUAUCGUAAAAUCAGAUUGUUUGGAGCUCCAAAUAUAUGACGUAUUGAAAGAGGAAGUUAUUAAAGUCACAAAAACCUUGUUCAAGUGAAGUGCCAAGAAUGUCAACAAAAAGUGACAGAUAACCCGUCUAAUGUGGAGAUCCACCCCUCAACGAAAUACUGCAAAGUUAGUUAUCUUCUCAUCAACACAGAUCAUAUUGCCAUGUGUCGGUGGUGUAACCAGGGUUCUCGAAUUGAUUAAAUGAGAAUCUUUCGCCAUCAACAGUGUUCCCGUUUACCGGCAUAUAGUACCUGUUGUAAGAGUGCCGGUCAAUAUCUGCAUUGGAGAAGCGCCGCGGUAUACAGUUCCCCCGCACCAACAUGCCAGCACUGCUUGAGCGUCCCAAGAUGACCCGCACCAUGUACCACGCCCUCAAACGCCACAUCCUCAAGGAGAGGGAGAGGAAGAAACAAGAACAAGAGCAGGAUGCCAUGAUGGAGAGAUUGAGGAAGGAGAGAGAACUGAAGAAGAAGAAAGAGGAGGAAGACAGCCUCACUCUGGAACAGACUAAAGAACAGGUGUCGCAGUUGGAGGUGAAGCUGGAGACGCUGAAGACGGAGAAGCAUGACCUGUUUUCUCGCCUCAAGAAGGUUCUCCAUCAGGAGGACGAGACGCGGAGACGGACACAAAUCAAGGAGCAGCAGAGCGAGAUGUUGCUGCACGCCCAGCAAGGCUUUCCCUCCCACGGCAUCCCUGUGUCCGGCCACCCCGUCAUGAUACAGCAGAUCUCUGGCAGACCCGCACUGUACAAACCUCCCUCAUCUAUCAUCGGUGUGAAGCGCACAAGAAGUCCGUCCCCUCCCCCCUCCACGUCGUACCAGGCCUACUCCUACACCCCCGCCAAACAGGCCACUCACAUCUACCAGCACCAGCAGGCUGACUUCAAACAAGGCAACUACCCCCAGGGCCAGCCUGUCCAUGUGACCUACGCAAGCCAACCAGGACACACCUACCAACAACAGAGUGUGGUCUACUCAAGCAGCCAAUCACCAGCCAGCAAGUACAACCCAGCCAGCCAAUCAGCUUUCACCUCUUAUCCCAGCCAUUAUGCUCAACAUCAACAGAAACAGCCGAUAGAGAGCUACCCUCCAGGCUAUGUCAUACAGCGAAUGCAGCAACAAGCGGCGGGGUACAUCGGGUCUCCCCACAAUCCCGGCAUCCCCAUCCAGCAACCUCUGGACCACGCCACCCAGAAGUCCACAUUCAACGAGGAGAAGUACAAGAUCCAGCAGGUUCGAGAUCAACAACGCAACUACCAGACUGAAGCAUGGCCAGCGGGGGCGUAUCCUUUCCCUAGGGGUGGGCUGCGCAAUAAGGCCCCCCCGAUGUCCGGGCAGCAGCCAACGGCGGCAGCAGCGGCCAUGUUGCAGCAGCAGCUCCAAGUCCAGCAAGCUGCCUCCUCCAAAGGCAGUAUAGUGACCGGGUACCCCGCCCGCACCCAGGCACCCCCCUCCAGCACCUACCAGCCACCCACACAGAGUACGUAUCACAGUCAGCAAGCAGGAAGACCAAACUGACCAGGUGGACGUCUUGGUGUGUGAGUGAAUGCUUUCACAGGACUAGUGACAUUCCGGCUAGAUGUGAGGCUAGAUGUGGCUAGAAACUGACAGCCGGGAGAGACAGACAUAUGAUUGGAUCACAAAGCUGACCCUGCAAGUGUACCACGAUGGCCGUGCAUCAGGACUGCACCUCAACAUGCAUGCGUGUAAAUGGUGCAUGCGCUCCACAUGGGUGAGGGGUACAAGUGGCCGAGUUGUUUUAGGUGCUGCAAUUCACUGUGCAUCCUAGGACACACCAGAAACCUUUGCUUCAAAUCCCGGUUCGUCCCAGUUACCGUAUUCGACGUAAUAAGCGCCCCACUCUCAUAAGCGCCCACGGCGAUAUUUAU